CAUGGGCCUUGUUAACCCACUCAUAGCAGAUUCCGGGGAACUCGGAGAAAACGUAGCGUGGUUCACAAUGGACAUGAUAAAAAACGAACAAGUGAAGGUUGAGGAGUGGGUUAUCAGUCUUUUGACCGAAGCUUUUGCAGCUAAGCAAGGCGGCGAGAAGGAAAACAUUUCCGCUGUGGUACCCAUCCCGCCGAAAUCAGUUCCCAUCUUAGCAGCACCUCCCAAGAAAAGACUACCCGUGACGGUCUUAUCAGGAUUCCUUGGAGCCGGAAAGACCACACUACUGAACUCAAUCCUAAACAAAACCCACAAUCUCCGUGUUUGUGUCAUUGUCAACGACAUGGGUGAGAUCAAUAUUGACUCAAAACUCAUCGAGAGAGAAGGUUUCACCAAUACUGAUGAAAAGUUGGUUGAGUUAACAAACGGAUGCAUAUGCUGUACUCUACGAGAAGACUUGCUCGAACAAGUAUCCCAUCUGGCCUCGCUGAAUAAGUUCGACUACCUCCUCAUUGAAUCUUCCGGUAUCAGCGAACCCCUCCCCGUUGCGGAGACAUUUGAAUUUGAAACAGACAUUCCCGGUUACAAAUCCUUGAUGGAUGUGGCCAGGCUGGACACGAUGGUUACUUUGGUCGACUCGGUAAACUUUCUGAAUGACUUUUGGACAUCGGAUACGUUGCGAAAACGCCGCUUGAACAGCACAUCCACUGAUACACGAACGAUUGUGGAGUUGCUCCGAGACCAGGUCGAGUUUGCAAAUGUUCUUAUUCUUACCAAAACAGAUCUUGUUUCCGAUGAGUAUUUGAAUAAACUCAAAGCUAUCGUAAACAGUUUAAACCCUGCAGCGAAGAUUCUGUUCUCGUCUCACGGAAACGUAGACCCGCAAGAGAUCUUGAAUACUGGACUCUUUUCCCUCGAGAAAGUCAGGAACAACAAAAAUUGGCUGCUCGAACCGCGGGGAUCGCACAUCCCCGAAACAAUCGAAUACAACAUUACUCAUACAGUCUUCACAUCCCAAACUCCCUUACACCCCACUCGUUUAUGGAACCUCGUGCAUCGUUCCGACACCAUGUCAUCAGUCAUUCGAUCGAAAGGAUUCGUUCAUUUGGCUACUCAACCCAGGUAUCCCGUUACGUGGUCUCACACCGGAAAUAUAACGACCUUUCGUCUCGGUGGUGUGCCAUGGGAAACGGAAGAGGAUCGAUCCCAGUGCUUGGUUUUUAUUGGGAUUGGGCUGGAGGUGGAAAAGAUUCACAAAGAGCUCGGCAAGUGUUUGUUACGCCGUAAGGAGUUGGCGAUGGGCGAAAGAUUUUGGUUGAGGGAAUUUUAUGAUCCAUUUAGGGAGGUUUUACACAAGUGAUGGUAACAGUAACCCGAGCGCUUUCUUGUUUGUUUGUAUGUUAGCCCUUUAUAGUACAUCUCAGCUAUCCACCACCAUUGUAGGAAGGAUGAUAAAAUCGCAUUUGAUAAACGCUAUGUAUUUGGAGGUUCUCUAGGAUAUACGGCUACUCGCACAGUAACUUUGACAAUAGAUUAUUGAAUAUGGAG